CGUUAUGCUAAAUCUUUUCCGACCAGAACCCGCAAUUAGGGUUUAUUUUCUCACAAAGUUUAAAACUUAGCCCCAUUUCAUUUUUCCUCUUUAGCAGUUUUUUAGAAAAUUUUGGUACUGGCGUCCGGGAUUUGAAGCAGAUAGCAGUAAUGGCUUCAACUGGGCAACCAGUCUCGUCACUAAAGAGAACUUCAUCGACGUCGAGUGAAGGGGAUGAGCUUAUUAUAACACCACUUGGAGCCGGCAAUGAAGUGGGCCGCUCCUGUGUUUACAUGUCUUACAAGGGCAAGACUGUUAUGUUUGAUUGCGGCAUUCAUCCGGCUUUUUCGGGCAUGGCUGCGUUGCCGUACUUCGAUGAGAUUGAUCCUUCAAACAUUGAUGUUCUUCUUGUUACUCAUUUUCACUUGGACCAUGCUGCUUCGCUUCCAUAUUUUCUGGAGAAGACCACAUUCAGAGGGAGAGUUUUUAUGACUCAUGCAACUAAGGCCAUCUACAAGUUACUUCUAUCAGAUUAUGUUAAAGUUAGUAAGGUCUCCGUUGAAGAUAUGUUAUAUGAUGAACAAGAUAUACUUCGCACCAUGGACAAGAUUGAGGUUAUUGACUUCCAUCAGACUCUUGAAGUUAAUGGUGUUCGCUUCUGGUGUUAUACUGCUGGUCAUGUCCUUGGGGCUGCCAUGUUUAUGGUUGACAUAGCUGGUGUUCGAGUCCUCUAUACUGGAGACUAUUCACGUGAAGAAGACCGACACCUCCGUGCUGCUGAGCUCCCCCAAUUCUCACCAGAUAUUUGCAUUAUCGAAUCAACUUAUGGUGUUCAGAAUCAUCAACCACGUAAUAUACGAGAGAAGCUCUUUACUGAUGUCAUUCACUCUACGGUUGCUCAAGGUGGUCGUGUCCUGAUUCCCGCUUUUGCUCUUGGCAGAGCACAAGAACUACUACUGAUACUGGACGAGUACUGGUCAAGCCAUCCUGAUCUCCACAAUGUCCCCAUAUAUUAUGCUUCCCCACUUGCCAAAAGGUGUAUGGCAGUAUACCAGACCUACAUUAACUCCAUGAACGAGAGAAUCAGGAAUCAAUUUGCCAAUUCAAAUCCCUUCGACUUCAAACACAUCUCUCCUUUAAAGAGUCUCGAUGAAUUUCGUGAUAUAGGACCAGCGGUGGUGAUGGCAAGCCCUGGUGGGCUUCAAAGUGGUUUGUCGAGACAACUGUUUGAUAAAUGGUGUUCAGACAAGAAAAAUGCUUGUGUUAUUCCUGGAUAUGUUGUGGAAGGGACAUUGGCCAAGACGAUUAUUAAUGAACCCAAGGAAGUUACCCUUGCAAGUGGCCUCACUGCUCCUCUCAACAUGCAAGUACACUAUAUUUCCUUCUCGGCUCAUGCAGAUUAUAAUCAAACAAGCACAUUCCUUAAAGAGCUUAUGCCCCCCAACAUCAUAUUGGUUCAUGGCGAAGCAAAUGAAAUGGGACGACUCAAACAGAAACUCCUCUCCGUCUUUGCAGAUGGAAACACCAAAAUCAUUACCCCAAAGAACUGCCAGUCUGUAGAAAUGCACUUCAACUCCCAGAAAAUGGCAAAAGCUAUAGGAAAGCUAGCAGAAAAGACACCUGCAGUUGGUGAAACUGUCAGUGGUUUGCUUGUAAAAAAAGGCUUCACCUAUCAGAUAAUGGCUCCCGAGGAUCUUCACAUCUUCUCUCAACUUUCUACCGGUAACAUUAUUCAGAGAAUUACAAUCCCAUAUUCUGGUGCCUUUGCUGUUAUUAAGCACAGGCUUAAGCAGAUUUAUGAAAGUGUCGAGUCCUCAACUGAUGAGGAAACUGGGGCUCCAACUUUGAGAGUGCAUGACCGGGUGACACUGAAACAGGAGUCGGAGAAUCACGUUUCGCUGCACUGGACAGCUGAUCCUAUCAGCGAUAUGGUCUCAGACUCUGUUGUGGCUCUAGUUCUAAAUGCUAGUCGAGAACUGCCAAAGGUGGUGGUUGAGUCCGAACACGAACCAACUGAUGAAGAAGAAACCAAGAAAGCAGACAAGAUUAUGCACGCACUUCUAGUUUCGCUGUUUGGAGACGUGAAAUAUGAGGAGGAAGGCAAGCUAUUGAUCAACGUUGAUGGGAUUGAGGCUCAUCUUGAUAAACAAAGCGGUGAAGUUGAAAGUGAGAACGAAGGUCUCAAAGAACGAGUGAGGACAGCAUUCAGACGAAUCAGAAGUGCGGUAAAGCCGAUACCGCUUCAGGGAUCUUGCUAGUGUCUCAAUCCCACCACCCUUCAAAAAACAGCGGCUGCCUUCUUACAUUUGUUCUUGCUAUACUUGCUCGUAGUUGUUGUAAUCUUUGUAGGCAUCACAGUUACUGCAACUAGAAACAUGUCUUGGUAUGAAUUUAAUCAAAAAAAGGUGGCCUCUCACCUACCCAUUUGCCAUCCCUCACUAUAAAACAAAAUUGUACUCACCCUAUUUGCUAUCCCUAAUUGUCAAGUACCAUUAGAUUUUUCUACCU